AUGGACGGCGACGGAACAUGUCAACCGGUUCCAGAUUCCAUUGCUUUCCUCGCUUCAGAGGUCGCCCCGUUUCCGGACGCCGACCCGAUUUAUCAGCAACCGCUUGUGAUCAUCAUGGAUUACUCCCCGUGCGGUUACCCGUCCACUAUCACGGAAGCGGAAGUACGCUCCAUCUUUCUUGGGCCAGAUGGAGACGGCAGCGGUGGAGUCGCGCAAAAGUACACCCAGUGCUCGUAUGGGAAGUUCAACCUGAAUGCCACUGCAUUCCGUGUGGUCACUGUAACAAAGGAGGACUGCCUAUCAUCAAUCGUUACUGAAUGUGCAUGGUGGGUAAUUGCCUACGAUGGUGACACUGGAGCUGAGGCGCUUCUGGGGCCGGACGUGUUUUCUGAUGUGACGAAUGUGGUCUACAUCGUACCGCCGAGCUUGGGAUGCCGCUGGGCGGGGCUGGCGCUCACGCCUGGGAGCAAGCUGUGGCUGGUGGCGUCAGACGAUGGCGUGCGCCGCUGGGCGACCGUCCUGCAGGAGGCGCUACACAAUUACGGUUUGCCACACGCGUUCCAAAAUGGUAUCGAGUACGCGGACUAUUCUACAACGAUGGGCCGGGGCAACGUCUGUCCCAACGCCGCCGAGAUUUCUCGUAUGGGCUGGGCUACACCUGCUGCACAGGGGGGUGACCGCAUCGACUCCAGCGCCUUGCCACUCGGCAGCGUCCUCAGCUUCACCCUGCCAGCCACCUACCUGACCUCAGAGGGAAACUACCUCCGAGUGGUUCCGGACUGGCUGCCUACGUACACUACUCCGUCUGUGGGCAAGAACAUUUACAUUGCCCUACGUGUCAACAAGAGUGGAGACGCAUUAAUGGGCCCUUUCUACGCUAAUAAAGUGAACAUGCACGAAGUCCGUGCGGACUUGGACAAGGGCUACCCGACCUACUGGGCAGGCGGCUCCCGACCGACGUCAUUCCUCGACACCGUUGAACUGCUCAACCGGAAAAACCUUGCCACCUACAGGCUACUGGUGUAUGCCGGAUCCUGGGUCGGUACAGACAUCCUACGGGUGCACCUGUGCCGCUACCAGGCCUCCCCUGAUGAGUGCCCAACCCUUGACUUCAUUGAGAACCGGCCGCCGCCACCUAGCCCUCAGCCACCUAGUCCACAGCGGCCCCCAAGCCCGCGGCCCCCACCAAAGCCUCCCGGGCGCCCACCAAGCCCUCGACCGCCGCCAAGGCCUCCACCACCCCCAAAUCCACAGCCGCCCCCCAGUCCCCGGCCGCCCCCAAAUCCACGGGCGCCCCCCAGUCCACGGCCACCACGGAAGCCUGCGCCACCGCGAAAUCCUCGUCCACCACCAAAGCCGCCAGCUCCACCAAAGCCGCCAGCUCCACCCAGGUCGCCACGCGAACCCUCGCAUGGUCUGUGA